AUGGCAGUUUCAUUAAUGCUUCACGUUCCUCUCCUCUUAUCUCUUUUUUUCCAAUCUUCAUCAUCACAUAAUAGUCGCUUCUCUCUUUCAGUUGAAAAACCAGAAGAUGUCAUUCUGUCACAAAACGGCGUCUUCUCUGCCGGCUUCUACCUCGUUGGUGAAAACGCCUAUGUUUUCUCCAUUUGGUUCGCCCAAACCCAUGCCGUCGUUUGGACAGCAAACCGUGACCGACCCAUCAACGGUAAGCGCUCCUCACUCUCCAUCCACCGCACCGGAAACCUUGUCCUCUCUGAUGCUGGCCAGUACAAGGUGUGGUCGACCGACACCACCUCGUCUUUGCCGACCCAAUUGAUCCUCAACAACAACGGAAAUCUAGUACUUUAUGAGCACCAAUUACGAGGAAGCAAGAUUCUAUGGCAGAGCUUUGAUUUCCCAACAGACACUCUACUUUCUGGGCAACAGCUCACAAGAUAUACAAAGCUCGUCUCUGCUAGAAGCGAAACCAACUAUUCCUCUGGAUUCUACAAGCUUGUCUUCGAUGACGAAAAUGUUCUUAGCCUUCUAUAUGAUGGUCCCGAUGUCUCCAGCAAAUAUUGGCCAUCACCGUGGCUUAAGAGCUGGGAGGUCGACAGAAACAUCUACAAUAGCGGUAGAAUUGCAGUGUUAGAUUCACUUGGACGUUUCAGUUCAACAGACAUGUAUAACUUCACAACUUCUGAUUAUGGUGUUUUGAUACAAAGAAGAUUGAAAUUAGAUCCUGAUGGAAACAUUCGAGUGUACAGCCUACAUAAUAAUCAAUGGGAAGUGACAUGGCAAGCCAUAUCCGAUGCUUGUAUUGUGCAUGGACUUUGUGGUGCUAACAGCACAUGCAAGUACGAUCCCAAUGAAGGAAGGAAGUGCUCAUGUCUUCCGGGAUAUAGAGUGAAGAAUCAUAGUGAUUGGUCUUAUGGUUGUGAACCCAUCUUUCAACUGCCACGAGGUAGAAAUGAGUCCACCUUCAUCAAAUUACCCAAUGUUGAGCUGUAUGGGAAUGACUUAUUUCAGAAAGAGAACAUCACUUACGGUGAAUGUGAGCGUAAAUGCUUAAAAGACUAUGAGUGCAAGUCAUUUCAGUACUCACUUGCCAGUGAGGGCGACCCGUUUCAUUGCUUUACAAAAGGAGUUAUGCUCAAUGGUCGUCACUCACCAAGUUUCAGAGGAGCAACCUACUUAAGAGUCCCAAAAAACCUAAGCAACAAUGGUUUGUUCCAUACUGUAGAAGAAGAAUCGGCUCAGGAAAAUGGUCGUGUUUGCUUAGUGAAGCUUGAAAGAGUUUAUAGCAAGAGACACGUCAGCAGUUUUGUGAAGUUCUUCCUUUGGUUUUCGGUAGCAAUUGGGGUAGUUGAAGUGCUCUUGAUUUUUAUAAUUUGGUGUUCUUUGAUUAGAACAAAACACAGGUCUAGCCGAAAUCAACAAGGCUACAAUUUUCUCUCUCCUUUUGGGUUCAAAAGAUUUACUUACUCUGAGCUCAAACAAGCAACAAAAGGGUUCACAGAAGAAAUUGGAAGAGGCUCAGGCGGAAUAGUGUACAAAGGAGCACUGGUUGAUCAAAGAAUUGCAGCAAUUAAGAAGCUGAACAAUAACAUCGUUGGAGCCAAACAAGAAGAAGGAGAAUUCCUCGCUGAAGUGAGAAUAAUCGGUAGGCUUAACCACAUGAACUUGAUUGAGAUGUGGGGGUAUUGUGCCGAGGGAAAGCACAGGCUGUUGGUGUAUGAAUACUUGGAGAAAGGUUCUUUAGCAGAAAAUCUCAAAUCAAACACUCUGGAUUGGACCAAAAGAUACAACAUUGCUCUUGGAACAGCAAGGUGUCUCGCUUACUUACAUGAAGAAUGCUUGGAGUGGAUUCUUCAUUGUGAUAUAAAGCCCCAUAAUAUCCUUUUGGAUUCAAAUUACCUACCCAAGGUAGCAGAUUUCGGCUUAUCUAAGCUUCAAAAUCGGAAUGAUCAAAACUCUCAAAGCUUCUCUAUGAUUAGAGGAACAAGGGGAUAUAUGGCACCUGAAUGGCUUUUCAACCAGAGAAUAACCUCAAAAGUGGAUGUGUAUAGCUAUGGGAUUGUUAUGUUGGAGAUGAUAACAGGAAGGAGUCCAACGAUGAUGGAAAUUCAGAACGACGAAGGCGAAGAGACACAAAGCAGGAGCCUUGUGACAUGGGUGAGAGAUAAAAGAAAGAAAACAACAUCAGAGGAGGGGCCGUCGUCGUGGAGUUGGGUGGAGCAGAUAAUUGACACAACCAUUAUAUCAGAGUAUGGGGUUGAGAAGCGAAAGAUGGAGACUUUGGCUGAAGUGGCUAUGGAGUGUGUGGAAGAAGACAGGGAUGCGAGGCCCAGCAUGAGCCAAGUUGUUGAGAUGCUUCAAAGCCAUGAAGAUGGUGCUUCUUAAUUAGUCCUUUGCAUGGCAGCUAAAAGAAAUUUCAUCAUGCUGUCUCUUCGAUGGUAUUGCUUCUUUGUGAUAUGCUAAGAUUAUAAUUAUGUCAAUGCAUGAGUCUAAACUUGUUCUAUUUUAAUAAGGUAGUUGUCUUUAUAUGUGUGGGGCAGUUAAGAAUUUCAAUUGAU